AUGCCUAAACGAAAGAAAAGAACACAGUCUACUGAGAGUGACUCUUCACUAAGUAGUGAUCACUCUCGCCACCGCAGGCAUACAAAGAGUGGCAAGAGUAGCAAGAGUAACAGGCGCCACCGAUCAAGGCACCGUAGUCGUAGCGGUGCCAGGCGUUUAAGGCAUCAUGGUCGCGAUGAAACGAGACGGCCGCGACGCUCGCGGAGUGUAAGGUCCUAUACUCCUGUCAUGCCCCAGGCAUCCACGGGCGUGGCGCAUACGGCUCAUAUGGCGCAGACUGCUGCUUCACCAGGCGUGACUCCAGUUGCUACAGACCUCACAGGUCACGGCGACCGGCUUCCGGCAGUGAUACUUGUGUUUGUUCAAAAAAUUGAAGUG